AUGGUUGUGAUCGCAGCGGGCUUCGAGUGCCUGAAUCGACGUGCAAAAAGCUUCGUCCUCGAAGAUGAAAGGGAAACAAGAGAUUUUCGAAGAAGGAGGCAAGAAGUUGUAAAAUCAAGCAAUUCUGAUCGGAGGAUCCCAUCCUCAGACGGAAACUCAGACGGAAUGUGGCAUCCAGAUGGGAGAAUCCACACCACUCUGCAGAAAAGAAAGCAGAUCCGCCAUCCUCGCUGGAGGAUGUCUGCUCCGACGAACAUCAUCAAUCCAGUCGAUGAGAGAAAGAUUGCUUCGCCGAACGCCAUCAAUCCAGUCUAUGGGGUCGAAUUCAUCCAGACCAUGAGAUGCUGCUAUACCCGCUUGUGUCAUCUUCUCGACCUCUCCUCUAGCCUUUUCUCUGAAAUUCUGCUCGUGAAAGCUCUUACGACCUUUGCGACAGCUCUCUUCAUGGCCUUCAUCAUCAUAGCUCCCGUCUUGACAACCACGACGACGGAAUUACCUCUUCUUGGGUACAUACCUGGGUUCAUUCUGACUACGACGAAACUGAUGUCAACCUGUCUAGUCUGCCGAUACGUGAAGCACAAAAGAUGGGAAAUGCCAGCGAUCCUUACACGGGCUGUUGGGAAAACCAUUGUCGAUUCUUCUUUGUUGAAGCAGAUGAAAAUGUUUGAAAGAGAUAUCUCCUGGAGUUGGAAACCUGUGACUGCCUGCGGCCUGUUCGAGGUCGACCUCCCGCUUCUGUCUGCUACGUUGGUGAACCUGUCCACCUUCUUCGUCGCACUGCUCCAGUUCCACCUCUCCUUAGUGCCGCACCUGCUGGAACAAGAGAAGGUGACCCUGCUGGAUCUCCUGUCCAACAUCGGGGGAAUCGUCGGCGUCUGUCUCGGUGUUUCGCUCGUCACCGUCUUCGACAUCAUCGAGGAUGUCUGCUCCCGCAUUCGCUGUAAAUUAUUCCAACGUGGAAGCGAGGUGCGUGGCGAAAUUGCCUAUGCAUUUUCCGUGCCUUAUUUUGACUAUUAUGUGUUUUCCGGCAUUUGGAUUCACUUGACGUUCAAAUUGUUGAUACGUACAUUUAAUAUUNGCGCGGAGGAGAAAGUGUCGGACGGGCUGGCUCGUCUCUACUUCAGUUUCCCCUCGAAUCGGGUGCCGCACCUGCUGGAACAAGAGAAGGUGACCCUGCUGGAUCUCCUGUCCAACAUCGGGGGAAUCGUCGGCGUCUGUCUCGGUGUUUCGCUCGUCACCGUCUUCGACAUCAUCGAGGAUGUCUGCUCCCGCAUUCGCUGUAAAUUAUUCCAACGUGGAAACGAGGUGAACCAUGAAAGCCGUGACUGA